AGCAUGUAAAAGCACAGCAUGAGGCCUGAGAACCAGAGCAGUGAGUUCCUCCUCCUGGGGCUCCCCAUCCGGCCAGAGCAGCAGGGCAUGUUCUUCACCCUGUUCCUGGGCAUGUACCUGACCACAGUGCUGGGGAACCUGCUCAUCAUCCUGCUCAUCAGGCUGGACUCUCGCCUUCACACCCCCAUGUACUUCUUCCUCAGCCACUUGGCCUUCUCUGACAUUUCCCUUUCAUCUGUCACAGUUCCAAAGAUGCUCAUGAACAUGCAGACUCAGCAACAAUCCAUCCCCUAUGUGGGGUGUAUUUCACAGGUGUAUUUCUUUAUAUUUUUUGGUUGCCUUGACAACUUUCUUCUCACAGUGAUGGCAUAUGACAGGUAUGUGGCCAUCUGUCACCCUCUCCACUACGCCACCACCAUGAGGGAGGAGCUGUGUAUCAUCCUAGUGGCUGGAUCCUGGUUCUUCUCUUGCAUCCAAGCUCUUUUGCACACCCUCCUCGUGGACCAGUUGUCCUUCUGUGCAGGGACUGUCAUCCCACACUUCUUUUGUGAUCUUGCUGCUGUGCUCAAGUCUUCCUGCUCAGACACCUCUUUCAAUGAGCUGCUUAUCCUCACUGAAGGAGCAUUGGUACUCAUUCUACCAUUGAGUGGUAUCUUGGGCUCAUAUAUCCAUAUGGCAGGCAUCGUUCUGAAGGUCCCCUCCUUCAAAAGAAUCUCCAAAGCCUUGUCUACAUGUGGCUCCCAUCUCUUUGUGGUGUGUUUAUACUAUGGGACAAUUGCAGGUGUUUACUUUUUCUCUUCAUCAGGCAACUCCCAAGACAAGGACAUAAUUGCUUCUGUAAUGUACAUGGUGGUCACCCCUAUGCUGAACCCCUGCAUCUACAGCCUGAGGAAUAAGGACAUGAAACAUGCUCUUCGGAAAAUUUUUAGAGUCAAGGACCCUCUUUGGUAUGGUUAA